CCCGUGAUCCCUACAGUACCGCACGCAACCGUGGCGGCGCCAAUGAGCCCAUGCUGCCCCGCUAAAGAUGUGAAAAUGGCGGAGCUACAAAUGCUUUUGGAAGAAGAAAUUCCAGCAGGUCGAAGCGCUCUGCUGGAUAGUUUUACUAAUUUGGAAAGAGUCGCCGAGUAUUGUGAGAGCAACUAUGUCCAGUCUCCAGAUAAGCAGCGAGCACUGGAGGAGACCAAGAAUUACACCACUCAGUCGUUGGCCAGUGUGGCCUACCUGAUCAACACGCUAGCCAACAAUGUCCUGCAGAUGCUGGAUAUCCAGGCCUCCCAGCUACGCCGCAUGGAGUCAUCCAUCAACCACAUUUCUCAGACGGUGGACAUUCACAAAGAGAAGGUGGCCAGGCGAGAGAUUGGCAUCCUCACAACCAACAAAAACACAUCCCGCACACACAAGAUCAUUGCCCCAGCCAAUCCUGAGAGGCCCGUGCGCUAUGUCCGCAAGCCUGUUGACUACAGCAUACUGGAUGACAUGGGCCAUGGAGUCAAGUGGUUGCAAAGGUUUAAGGCAAGUGCUCAGAGCAUGAAAGCUGGUGGUGGAGGUGGACUCCCUCGCACAAAUCCCCCAACACAGAAGCCACCCAGCCCUCCUAUGAGCGGGAAGGGGACCCUUGGGCGACACUCCCCAUAUAGGACGCUCGAGCCAGUGCGUCCUCCCGUUGUCCCUAACGACUACGUCUCGAGCCCGACGCGCAACAUGGCGCACCCCCUGCAGAGCCCAGCACGCAAUGCAUCUGUUAAUCAGAGGAUACGCACGUACAGCAGCGGGAGCAGUGGAGGCAGUCACCCCAGCAGUAGUCGCAGCAGCAGCCGGGAAAACAGCGGCAGUGGCAGUGUGGGCGUGCCCAUCGCUGUGCCUACACCGGCCCCGCCUACAGCCUUCCCAGCCCCUGCCCAAUCCAAUGCUACUAAACCUCCACCCAACACAGCCACUACUCCUGGUCACAUACCCCCUGUUCUUGAUGGCCCCCCUCAAGCCUCUAGCCCACCUGCCGAGAUCCCGCAUGUCCCCCCACCCCCUCCCCAGCUCCCCACCUCCACAGCCCCUGCUGGCACAGGACCCACUGCUUAUGGAAACCCUGCACAAGGUGCUCCUCAGUUCUACAGCAUGAACCGCCCAGCACAGCAGCCCCAGAACACCCAUGUGGGAGGCUCGCUGCCGUACCGCCGACCCUCGUCUGUCACCGGCCAGCCUAACAUGGCACCAAAUCAGAACCAGCUCAACGGUGGACCCCACUUUGCCCAGAAUCAAGGCCCAAUUGCACCCCCUCCCCCAUCCAUGCAGAUCACCCCUCAGCUGCCCCUGAUGGGCUUUGUGGCCCGAGUUCAGGAAACCAUCUCAGAUGUGCCGCCACCGCCGCCCCUUGCCGAUGAGCCUGUGUUCGAGGACCCAACACCACCUCCUCCCCCACCAGAGGACUACGAGGAUGAUGAGGAAGAAGAAGAGUCAGCAGUGGUGGAAUACAGUGACCCGUAUGCGGAGGAGGACCCACCUUGGGCGCCACGCAACUACCUGGAGAAAGUGGUGGCCAUCUACGACUACAGUCGGGACAAAGAAGACGAGCUGUCCUUCCAGGAGGGGGCCAUCAUCUACGUGAUAAAGAAGAACGAUGACGGCUGGUACGAGGGUGUGAUGAACGGAACCACAGGCCUCUUCCCAGGCAACUACGUGGAAUCCAUCAUGCACUACGCAGAUUGAGAAACACCCCCUACUACCCUCCUCUGGGCAAUGAGGCAGCCCAUGGGGAAGAGGAGGGGAGCCAAGGGUUAAAGGUCACAGACUUUGAACAUACAGAGCAUGAUCACCUCUGGAAAGGAGAGACGACCUCCGGUCUCCUCUCUACCUAAACAAAACUACCACUACUUUUAACAUUCUGUUUCUUUCUAGCCGCUGUUUGAUUUGGAGAGUUUGCAAUACAUUACGAGGCAUUGUCUUUGAAUUUGUUCUGCCAAAUUGCCCAUAUUUUAGAGUACAAUAUUUAUUUGCGUUCUGUUGUGGUUUUCUUAUGUGCGGGCAAAAAGGAGGUAGAUUUUCAUCUUGCAGCUUCGGUUUAAGGCCGGGUAGAGAAUGCCUUCGCAAGGCAUUGCAGAAAACUUUUCUCCUUGGACAAACCCAAAAACAUGCAGCAAGUGUUUUUAUGUGGAUAGGGAUCUUGUUGGGGUGAAGCACCAACAAUCGUUAUAAGCACAUCCAGUGUCUUAAUGUGACACACGGCAAAGAAGGCUGAAAAUGUUUAUAUUAUCCUAUUACGUUUACGCUAACGGAUGGUCAGUGACCCUCCAAAGAUGCGAGGCGUGAAGUACUCUGUUGCACAGCGAUCACUUGCGGAGUGUGCAGCUUCUCUUGUGAAUAAUAGAAGUUUAUUAGCUCGUGUGGCAAGGUCGGCCUCCGGCUCAGUUGCAGUGUUCUUAAGUGGUGGGGAUGAUUUUUCUUUGGUUUUACUGCUUGAAAAGGAUUUGCAGAGUGGCAUGUCUCUUCUUGAAGGAUAAGGUGGCUCUAUUGUGAUGAUUUAUGUCUAAAUAUUUUUUAGGUAUGGUCAGACGUGAAUCUUUUUCUCCCUACCGACGGUGAUACAUUUACGUAGGUCAUUUCAAAGAUAAUUGUGCCAUAUUGAGACGCGUGUUGCAGUCAGAGUGGGAUGAUUUUUUUUUUCUCUCUCCACUUUUUACAAGUUGUUUUAACCAAAAGAACAUGCAUUUGUAGUGAAACGAUGUAGAAGAACUAAUAUAAAAGCGACAAGAUUUAUUAAAUAUGAUAUGACCGCUGUUGUUGAAAUGGUUUUAACCGUCGCAUCUGAUGCAUCUGUUGUGAGCAAUUUAAAGGGUGUACCAUCUUAAGUCAUUCCGUGUCAUUGACGGCAAUAUAUGUCCAAUCUGUUUGAAUUUAACACCCAAUUCAAAUGAAUUAAAUGUUUAUCACCGUCAAUUGCAGCCAAUGAGUUAAACGCGCUUGGCAGUGUUCGGUAUUAGCGUGCCCUCAGUACUUAAGCCAGAAACUUUAUUUUCUAUAUUAAAAAUGAAAAAUAUUCCAGUGGGUCUGUAUGUGAGUCUUGCAUGCCAUUAUUAUCUGUGCUUUCCCCAAAAACCACAUGGCAAGAGCAGUCAUUUGAAAAAGCAGUUGUGACCCACCUCAUCCAAAGAAACUGUUCAACUUCCCUUGGAAGGAACGAAGGGAGGAAUCGGGCUUGGGGUCCGGAGGGGAGCUUGAGAACCUGAUAGGCAGUUCAGUAUCAGUCCAUGAUGCCAUUGUGUUGCACAUUUGAAGUUGAUUUGCAAGAGUCUCAUAUUUGUAAAAUCCAGAGAACAAAGACAAUAAAGAUAUACGGAUUCAAUUGC